AUGAGCGAGAACGGGCGUGUCGUCAUGAUUGUACGGGCUAAUUCUCCACGAGGGAGUCCUCCACAUGGCACUGAACCCGUGGGUUUGAAUUUAUCGGCAAUGGAGGCAGAUUGGCGCCAGCAACAAUUCCAGCGCCAGCGCAUGCAGUUACUUAGUAUGGCCAUCUUUCUCUGCUUCCUCGUCCUAUUUUUUGAUAAUCGUGCGGGGGACGGUCACAGAAGGCAAGGAGAUAAUACCGGUACUUCAGGACGUAACCGGUAUGCAUUACCGUCCAAUGCAUUCAAUGAUACCGAUCGUGUGCAAAAGGUACAGGAGCUCAAAAUGCUACUACAGACUCAAGCAGGUUAUCGCCAUACAGAACCCCCACUAAAUGUGACGGGCAUUUAUUCUGGGACAUGGGACUCUUUAGCUGCAAACGAAUACGCGAAAAAACCUGUGGAUAGUGAUAUUAUUCCAUACCUCAAGGUCGACCGAGAGAUUCAAGUGCAGCAGUACACACAGCCAGUGGAGACAGGACAUACAUGGUUAUUUCUAAAAAUGAAGACACCGGCAUCGAAAGAGUUGAUGAAAGAGGUGGCAUAUGUGACGGGACAAUUGGUUAUUUACGAGGAACAGGCAUCUCUAGCUGCUACGAUUUUACCGGUACAAGGAGUUUUUUUGAGAAAAUUAGGCAAAUUGACACUUUUUGGCAAUAGUCCCGACUCGAGUGUGCAGAUUUUAUAUCGGAAAAAGAGAAGUGAAAAGGAGAAUUUGACGAAAUUGGAGACGGAAAUACCGCCGGAUAGUGUGGAGGAAGAAGUAGAGAAGGAAGGAGGCGGGAAGGGUGAUUUUGAGAUCAUGCCACAUCAACCACUAGCUGACUUGAUAAAUUUGGAUGGGCUAGAUGGUGUGCCUUUAGUGGAAAAUAGAGACGAGUAUGCGGCCAUUGACAUUUCGCCUCCGCGAUACUCGUACGUGUCGCGAUUCAGAAGUAGUGACUCGUUCAGUGACCAGUGUGUGAGUAUUGUGGAGAUGACAUUGGUGAAUGAUUCGAGUAAACCGGCGAGCGAUGGAGAAGAGGACGACGACGCGGCGACAGCACUGCAGAAAUCAAUGCGUCAUAUGAAACUAGAAGGAACGCUGGCUAGUGUGAACUGUGGGCUGUAUUUGAAGCUGGACACGACGUUCCAAGAGGAGAACCUUAACUUGUUUUUCGCCAAGGCAUCACGCUACGCCGUGAUCAUGACAUUUGUCGCUAUGGCUGAAAUCUACUUUCUGCUGCGACAGCUGCAGAUUUCUAGCACUCAGGCUUCAGCGGCGAAGGUGUCGCUACUGACGAUUGGACAGCAGGCUAUUGUGGACUCGUACCUGUGCUUGGGCCACUUGACUGUGGGCAUUAUAGCGCAAAACGUAUUUGCCGCAUUUGCUUCUGUCGCGUUUGUUAAACUCAUUAUUUUCUCGGUGUUUGAAAUGCGGUACCUGCUAAUUAUUUGGAAGGCACGAAGACCACAGGGGUUUUCGGAAGGCUGGCUUACGCUUCGACGCGAGCUCACGACGCUCUAUUCGCGGUUCUACCUGUCUCUUCUGGCUGGGCUUUGCAUUUUUUACAAUUUCUCGAAUCACUUGCCCGUGCUGGUAUUUAUCUGCUACUCGUUUUGGGUCCCCCAAAUUGUGCACAAUGUCCACAGGGAGGUACGAAACCCGUUUGACCUGGGAUACUUGUACGGUAUCAGUGCACUGCGCUUAUUCUUGCCGCUGUACUUUUAUGGCUGCCCGGAUAGUUUCUUAACAGCCUUUCCAAUGUACGAGAGCAAAAUUGAUUCGCAUUUUUGUUUUCUGCUGGCGGCGUGGGUGGGUCUGCAAGUGGGUAUAUUGGCUCUGCAGCAGCGACAUGGUCCGAGAUUCUUCGUACCUGCGCGUUUCCUGCCUGUCAAAUAUAACUACGAACGGUGCAUUGAUCUGCAGCAGUUGGUGCUGCUCAAGGGCGGCGACAGUUCUAUCGAUUGCGUGAUCUGUAUGGUAGAGCUGGAAAUUGAAGCGCGAGACUACAUGAUCGCUCCGUGUGACCAUAUUUUUCACCGCGAGUGUCUUCAGGGCUGGAUGCAGGUCAAGAUGGAGUGUCCAACAUGUCGGCAUGCGCUACCGGAGCCCUAA